CGAGUGUACGUCGUUGUAGUUGAUGACGUAGUUCGCCUCAUAAAAGGGGCUGAGUUGUGUCUCGUUUGUUUCUGUGUCGUUCCUACCAGCGUCUCAACAAGUACGGAAAAUGGAGCCGAGUGUAAACAUACUAUCAACCUCGCCGAUGGACAAGCCAAAGUUAAUGCAGGGUGGCAACUACAUAGCCGAGGGGCGCGAUUCUAAAAAGUCAACAUGGCUCCUAUUUUCUCCGGAGACUCCGGAUCAAGCUGGUUCUUUGGAGAAAUUUCUGAGUAUCUUUUCAUCUCACGGCGUCAACUUGAGCCACAUCGAAUCUCGCUCCUCUGCCAGGAGACCAGGCUAUGAAUUCAUGGUCGAGUGUGAACACGAAUCCGGGGACUUUGGAGCGGCUUUGGAUGAGCUGAAGAAGAGCACUGGAUACCUCAACAUUAUUUCUAGAAACUACAAGGAUAAUAGAUCUGCGGUGCCUUGGUUCCCUCGCCGUAUUCGUGAUCUGGAUAGAUUCGCUAAUCAGAUAUUGUCUUAUGGAGCUGAGCUCGACUCGGAUCAUCCAGGUUUCACAGACCCGGAGUACCGCGCGAGAAGAAAGUAUUUUGCUGAUAUCGCUUACAACUACAAGCACGGCCAGCCGCUUCCGCACGUGAAUUAUACUAAAGAAGAAAUCAACACAUGGGGAGUAGUGUUCAGGAAGCUCACGGAACUCUACCCAACGCACGCCUGCAAGGAACACAAUCAUGUUUUUCCGCUUUUGAUUGAAAACUGUGGUUAUAGGGAGGACAAUAUUCCACAACUCGAAGACGUAUCUAACUUUCUCAAAGAUUGCACUGGAUUCACUCUCCGUCCAGUGGCAGGUCUGCUUUCUUCACGAGAUUUCCUCGCUGGCUUGGCGUUCCGUGUAUUUCAUAGUACUCAGUACAUUAGGCACCAUUCUCGUCCCCUUUACACUCCUGAACCUGAUGUCUGCCACGAGCUCCUCGGACACGCGCCAUUGUUCGCUGAUCCCGCGUUCGCACAGUUCUCUCAGGAAAUCGGCCUGGCUUCAUUGGGAGCUCCUGACGAUUUUAUCGAAAGACUUGCAACGUGCUUUUGGUUUACUGUUGAAUUUGGUCUGUGUCGGCAAGAAGGACAGCUGAAGGCAUACGGCGCCGGUUUGCUGUCAUCAUUCGGUGAACUUCAAUAUUGUCUCUCAGAUAAGCCACAGCUCCAAGAAUUUGAACCAGAAAUCACAGGAGAACAGAAGUAUCCUAUCACUGAAUACCAACCAAUAUAUUUCGUUGCUAACAGUUUUGAAAGUGCUAAGGAAAAGAUGAUCAAAUUCGCCCAAACAAUACCCCGUGACUUCGGAGUGAGAUACAAUCCCUACACCCAAAGUAUUGACCUCCUAGAUUCUCCACGGCAGAUGAAAGAUCUGCUGAAAGGCAUCCGCCAAGAAAUGGAACUGCUGGUUGGCACCAUGGACAAGUUGUAGAUAUUUAACUAUCAUAGACUAUAAGAUAUAUAAAUUAAAUAGGUAACCCUCUUAAGACUAUGUUAAAGUUAUUAUUUUAUAUCGUAAGAUUUCAUGUUAUACGUUAGCGACAUUUAUUUAAAUUUGUACCUCAGUUUUAAAGACUUAAAAUAUGGUUUUCAUUAGUAUUGAAAUUAUUUUUUUAACUUUUACACAUUUUAAAUAAAAUUAUAUAAUAGUUUAAACGGAUAUAGAACAAAAUAUAAUAAAGUAACUGUUAUUGAAUAUGUCCGUGACCGCGUUAGAUGAAAGUUAUUUGUUAUGCCUUGACAUCUUGUGUUAUAUUUUUAUAUAAAGAUUUAAUUGAAAUGCACUCAAUGGAUAGGUACAGAACCCACUACAUAGUGACAUUACUACAUUGCAAUUAACAAUAUUUCUAUAAAUAUUCUAUGUUAAUUCAAUGGUUAUCAGAUCGUUGUUUAAUACUGAUUAAUUCAAUCAAACCAAACAAAACUUUCUUUCCACUAACUCAUGUGUAAACUAUAGCUAAGUGGAAUAAACAUUCAACUCAUUUUCCGUCAGAGAACGAUUCUAGUAUAAGCAUAUGUAAGUUGUGUAACAUUAAUCUAUAUAUAGCAAUAUGAAAUAAAACAACAAUGUAAUCAACAUAACAUAAUUAAUAAAUUUGUACAUAGCAAA